AAUUGAGAAAUCCACAAGAUUUUCCAGACCAAUGUCAAAAGUUUCCAUCUUUAUCGAGUAUUAGAUUCAACCACUAACUUACGUGCCAUACAAGCAAAGGUGGUGAUGGUGGAGGUUCCUGGCUCUGUAGGCACAACUGCAAGCCUUUCCUUAAGGUUAGGGCAAACGGUAUUAGCAUUUGGCUCUCUUCUCUUCAUGACCAUCGGUGUUCGCUUCUACCAAUUCACUGCUUUCUGCUACUUGGUGACGAUCAUGUCUUUAGCUAUACCAUGGAAUCUGACGUUAGCAAUGGUAGAUAUCUACUGUGUUAUUCUCCAGCAACCGUUUCAAAAGCCACGGAUCCUUCUCGCUAUCUCUAUUGGUGAUUGGGUGGUGUCUGUUCUAGUGUUGGCUUCAGCUUCAUCCGCAGCUAGUGUUGUUGAUAUUCUGCGAUCAAACGAAUCCUCUUGCCCUCCAACAAUAUGCAACAGAUAUCAGUUUGCAGCAACAUUGGCCUUCUUGACUUGGUUCUUGUCUCUCUCUUCUUCUCUCUUCAAUCUCUGGUUACUUCCUUCUCUGAUCUAAACAAAACAUAAAUAGAUAGGUAGCAA